AAAUCGAUUUGUUUGUGCAGCUCCUUGCUAGUAGCAAACUAAAUAGCCUUAAUCAGCGCUAACAAAUAACACAAAAGAAUUUAAAUUUGUGAAAAACUUUUCCUUCCUUCUUUUCAAAUCUGCAACAUUCUUUGAAAAUAUUGUUGAAAUGUUGUUAUUGAAAAACUGAACAUGCAAGUUUGCUAGCACUGGCCACUAGAUUUAAGGCGAUGAAAAAAACAGAAUAUUCGUUUUGGUUAUGCUAGUAUUGGUAGCCGAACGGAAAGGAAAGGCACAGGAAUGGCACGAAAACGAGCGAGAGAGCGAUAAAAGUGCUUUCUCGUGUUUUCAUAUAUGAAUAUUGGUCGGUCGGUUUUUCUCAUCAUUCGUAUUCGUUCAAGCACUAGCAAGCAGCUAGUCCACCGAAGGAAAGCAGUUGGCGAUGACGACAGUCGGAAAAAGUGCACCAGCUACUGGUGACUCAUCGCAACCCGAUCAGGAACUGUCGCCCUGCAAGAAUUUCGCCCCAACUAAAGGGCAACAGAGCAACUAAUCUAUAGGCUAUCGUUCCAGCGUCUGGGUCGUGAGAUUGUGCAGGACUGCAAAGUCGAGCUACGCUUACAAAGCUCAGUCGUAAUAAUGCCCCGAGAAGCCAACGAUGCCUACUUGGUCGGUUUGUUCGAGGAUGCAAAUCUUUUCAGAACCAAUCAAUUGUGUUCUAGUGAGAGUUAAACUGAAACUUUCAUAUUAAGAUGUGUAACAAAUUUUCAACAAGCAACAUAAUACGUUGUGUGGAAAGAAGUAGCUUGCACACGGAACAAAAAUUUAAAUUAUCCUCUCGCUCGUUUCGUGCACUGCUUUUCCAUUCCUUUCUACUGUUAUUAUCAGUAUUACCAAAACGAAUGUGCGUGUUCCCUCACCAUCCCUCUAGUGAUUAGUGUUGCUUCAAUUGCAUGUGUUUAAGGGAAACGUUGAAGUCGCAUGCUUCUAUUCGAGCUUUUUGGCAGCCUCCGUGGACUAACUGCAUUAAAUGAUUUUUUUGUGCAGCUCCGUGCUAGUAGCAAACAAAAUGGCCCUACCAGUGUCUGAUUCGUGAGAUUGUGCAGGAUUUCAAAGUCGAGCUAAGCUUAUAAAGUUCAGCCGUAAUGGUACCCGAAGAAGCCAGUCUUGUCGUUUUGUUCGAGGCUACAAAACAGUUCGCCAGGCACGUAACUAUCAUGCCAAAUAUAUCCAACGAUCCAGCGCAUCACCAUCAACACCAACGCCGAUACCAAAGGUUCUUUUCAGAACCACCAUUAUUACCAUCGAGAAUUAUUUGAAAAUUUCCCAUUCAAACGUGAUUCUGUUGAAUAUUAUUAGAUUUAAAUUAACGUCUCGAAUUGAAAUCACGACGCUCCGGUUAUGUCACACACAUUACCCACCCAUCUUUUUUUAUUGUGACCACGACUAAUGGUUUAAUAUAGAUACCCCAUUUCAAUAUUUCGGAAGGAACAGAAGGUCGAGUUUGGAAAGUUUGUAACUUUCAUUGUACUUAACCAAAUUACACAAUGUUCGCACUAAUGAUUCAGAAAUAUGACCAGGAAUCUUCUAUUAGAUUUGUAAGUAUGUAUAAUUUACAUGAAUAAAGAAAAAUUGAUUUUCAGGAAUCAAUUAUUAUCUGUUCUGCCAUUGGCCAGUACUAUGCGACUUCCUCAUGCUAACAAUUCAUUUCAUCGUUAGCCAUCUCCCUCACCAAGGCCAACAACGCCAACAAAAACGGUGCUUUUCAGAACCACCAUCAUUUUUGUAAAGAAUAAUUUGAAAUAUUCCUCGCCCAAAUCACCUUUUGUCCGAAAAUUCCAAUGAGUAUCAACAUAUUUGAAGAACGUGUUCCUUAUGUAUUCUACAUCUCUCUGGUUAUGUCGCAGACAUUACCCACCCAUCUUUUUUUCGAUGAUAAAUGUCGUGUAAUGUUGGUUUCUAAUCCAACCAUCGUUAUAUGUUUCGUCAGUCUUGUCUUUACUCUGUCGAUUUUUAAGUGUAUUGGUUUUGGGUUUUACUCCAGUGUUUAGUUGUGAUUGUUCUGCAUUUUGAUUUAGUGUGUUCAUUUCCGGUUUUUGUGUUGUCGUUAGAGUCGCCAUUUUGUUUUUUCUUACUUUCGUUGUCACUUGUGUUGGAUGUAUUUUCAUUGGCAUGCUUGUCUCGACGUUCUUGAUAUUUGUCACGUUUCUUCUUCUGGUCGCCAUUUUGUUUUGUUCUUUUAGUCUUUUUUUCUUCGUCACUGUCUUCAUCUGAGUAUAAAUUUCUUACCUUUGUCUACCGUGUCGGUACCCUAUGCCAUUCAUCUUCUUCCAUCUUAUCUCUUAUUCCCGCUUCCAUCGUGAACCCACAUCAAUCCACCUUCCUCGUGCUAUUAUACGCAAUAACCCCCGAGCGCACUCCUUGUAGUCUAUACUCAACCAAAAUCAACUUAAUGGAGAAUUCUUACCGUAUUUCAAAUGUAGUCUUAUCACUAUAUUAUAUUCAGUAUUUACACUAGAAGAUAGUCAGGUUUCUUAUUUAUCACCAAACGCACGCGAAACGCGAUGUUCACAAUCCUCGUCAAAGAUUGUCCGAACUAGUCGACUGUAAACGGAAAAAUUGUUAUUUAAAACCAAAAUUUGUUUAUUUUUACUAAUUUUUUUUCUGCGUGUUGGUAACGAUGGUUCCAAAUGAAAACCAACGAAAACGUUGUGAAAACUGCUGGGAAGUUUUAGUACAAAUAAAGAAUAUGAGAAGUGAAUCCAAAUAGAAGACGAGAAUUGCGGCACGAUAUAGCUUAUUAUCGAAAAAAGAAUAUUUUCAGGGAAAAUAGCUACAUAUUUUGGUGUUUCGCUAGUAUUUCAUAUUAUUACUGACUGUUAUGGAGGAUUUGAACGGUGAUGUUAUUCAGUGGAAGAAGUUAUGGCAGCUGGUAUCUGGAAUUCACUAUGAAACGCCGAACUCCGUUGUGCGGGACAAAUUGACGGAUGUUUCCAAAGAGCUAACGGAUGGCAUAUUGCUCUAUAAGAAAGCAGGAAGCGACCGAGGGUCCGAGGAAAAACUCCAGAAAAUGAUGAAGGAACGUAACCAGCAAAAGCUGCUUACAUUUGCGAUGAAACUGCACCAAUAUCUGGACCUAGAUGCAUUGCAAUCUUGGAAUAUUCUGUGCUUUUACCUGGUCAAUGAGUACCGCGGCCCGACUAAUGCUUUGAUGGAUUACAUAUCAUCCGAGAGCUCGAUGUUGACUUUAUUGAAUGAUAUUUGGGCGUAUUACACUCUUGAAAGAAUAGUAAUGUUAAAGAUUACAAAAAAUUUGCUGGAGUUCUACAAUUCUGGAAGCCAUCCAUACUCAAAAGAAUACAAAUCAGUAAUAGAUAAGAUCGGCUUGGCAAAUUUGAGGAAAUCUUACAUCAAGCAACUGGUACAUUUGAUUAAUGAAUCUAUGCCAGGUAAACUGAUUCCUGGUGACAUGCUUAAUAGUCAAGCAAAAAUGGUCACAUGGUCAGAGCGGAAGAUGAGAGAAAUUAAUGAAAUUCUUCACAUACUUUUAUUAAUAAUCAGCUAUGAUGGUAUCAGUGUAAAUGAAUUCAGCCAAUUGUUCAAAUUGUUCAAAAGUCAUUCGUUCGGGCGGCAACAACAAUACUUAGAUAGUACAAACGACAACCAUAGCGAUAUGGUCAAACGGAUUACAUUCAGCGAACUAGCUAUCAUAUAUCGUGCUUUGGACAUGACCGAUCGAGCUGAUGAUUUAACGUGGAUAGUUGAGAUGGUGAAGGCUCUAGACAGUGAAUUCGUAACGCUACAUCAGUUCCCAGAGCACGGGCCAUUAUUGCUUGUAUGGAUGUUGUUCAAUUUUAGGCUGCCUAAUUGUUUGGAUGAUGAUGACUUAUCAAGUCGCUACCGUCAGUUCGGCUCCAGAGCAAUUCAGUUGGGCGUGUUUCAGUACUUGUAUGCUCUGGUAACACAUUGUUCAUUCAAAGACCAUAGCCUCGUUUGUCGUACAACUCGUAGAGCAAUUUUCAAUCAUCUUGGUUUCAUGUGCCAACUAUUUGACUCGGAUGGAUCUGUUUCUCAUCAUUCUAAAAUAUUCGACUUAUUUAGCGAACUACUGCACAGCCCGUCGAUUGCAACUGAGUUGUGUAAGAACGAAGACACCGCUGUCCGGUCUCUUUUGGAUGCUGCCCUAGAAAAUUUUCCUGUGGAAUUUGUUCCACUGGCGAUGAUUGCACACGCUCUUUCAUCGGCAGGAAUUACUCAAAAUAAGUACGUUUAUGAACUGCUAGAAAAUCUGCCCGUCUACAGCGAAAUCUUCAAUCCCGACCGUUACGAGUUACGUCGAUCUCCUUCCAGUGAAGAUGAGUUUGUUCUGGUACAUGACUAUGUGCCAUUUCGGAAGAUUGGUUUUAAAAUAGCACGCGGCACCAGAGCGGUAGUGAUUGAUAAACGGCCGCAUACGUUGAUACAUUUUCGAACUCGUUUCAACUUUUUCGUAGCCCUUCACCAUGAAAUAAACGAGCUGCUGUCUGACGCUCUUGGCUAUACACAGCUCAAUGAUAAACGAAUCCACCGAAUAACUGCGGGGAUUCGAUACCUAGCGGUCGCCGUUAGACGAAUUCAUCAACCGCAUGAGAUAGGUUCCGAGUUGGUUCAUCCGACGGAGAUGGUUUUCGAUAUUUUACUAAAGUUUAAGGUGAUCCAAAACCCACCGAUUGAGCUUCUAGCCGAAUGUUUGCACGUGUGUGCCUCCUUGGUACCUUUGUUUGAGCCAGAAAUCUAUGCUCGGGUGAUCAAUUUGAAUAUGCUUCCGACCGUGAAUAAUACAAGCUUGGAUUUCAAAGACUAUGCUACUGGAACCAGCUUCGAAUCAAGUUUAAUUGGUUACUACCUGGUUAAUUACGAGAAAAACAUGGGCAAAUAUUGUGUUUUGAUGGCUUAUUUGAAUUUAUUGAAGACGUACACAAAGCUUAGCAAAAACAAUGUGUUUGCUAUUGAGUUGCCUGGAUUAAUAUUUUUGCUGCGAGAAGUGUUCCCUCACGUUCACACCUGGCGGUUUGAAGAGGAAGCUGAAAGGCAAAAAAUCUAUGUUUUUAUAUUGCAGUAUCUUUUCGAAAUUCUACAGCUGAGUCCAGACACUCUGAAAAACGACUAUCCAAGAACAGUUCUGCGAAAUGUUUGCGUUUAUAGUUUGCUAGAUUUGGACAAUGGAAUGACAUUGCUCAGAUUUGUAGGUCUGGGCAAUGGUUACCUGCAGUCUGUGAUGGAAAGCGAAACUAGUUGGAUGAUGGCACCAGAACAGAGUAUGAAUCUUGUUGUGCAGCUAUCAAUGACAAUAUUAAUGCAGAUAUUGCGGCUCAAGCAUGCGGUAAUUGACGAUGAAAAACUAUUGUCUCCUUUGGAAUCGGCGAUCUACACACAACCGAAGCAAAGAGAUACUCUUCGAAUAAUUCCAGUAGUGACUGGCUAUAUGAAUAACAUUUUCAACCGCAGACUACCGAUUCUAUCCUGUAGGCUGCUAAGGCGCUUUUCCAUAGAAUUCAAAAUGUCUCUGCUGGCAUGCUUAGACAUGGAACCCGACCAGAUCCGUUUGAUUUUUCUGCAACGUUUGAGGGACGAUCUGGAAAGUGACAAUCUGAAAAUUGCAGUUUUGGAACUCGUCGAAGCAUGCAUUCACAAACAACCUGGUCUAACGGAAGCUUUUUUUAAAGUUCAUUACGGCGAUGGUGAGAAACGUCUCUUCCUGGGAGUGAAGCCUGGUAAGCAGAAAACCAUCAGUGAUGGAAUUCCAACUUACAUGGAAGAGUAUUUGGAAGCGAUCUCCGGUGAUCCGAAAAAACUUGCCAGCCCACUUCUUUCACGGAUCAUGUCACUGUUCCAUGCUCUCUGGAAAAAUAACAUGCAAAUUCUGUGCAAAGAUCUACUUGAAAAGAAAACGUUUUGGCAAUCGCUCUGUAACCCGUUGUUUGGUAACAUUGGGGAAAAUAUCAAAGCCUAUAGUCAACUGUUCAACAUACUCGGAAUAGAACUGUUCAAAAUAGACUCUACCAGAAAAGUUGACGAAAAUCUUAAAAAAGUAUACGAACAGUUUCUCGACUAUGAAGUGUUCUCUCGUUGGGUUAAUUCCGUUUUCGAUCUUCCCAGGAGCAAUGGGAAAAUAAACGACCAAAAUUCGAUAUGUGGUGUGUCGAUAAACGAUGAAACUCCCGAGUGGCUCAGCCGGUUACAGUCGUUCAAAGAUUUGAUGAUUUUACUAACACGGAAAAAGGAUUCUGGCGUCUUUUUGCCUGACCGUAGCAAACGGUUUCUGGCAAGUCAAUGUCUCGAUGUACUUGUGGAGCGUGCCGAUUAUUCAGAAGAUCUUCGUCCGUUUGUAAUACUUGCCGAGCUAUAUCUUGUAAUUCUUUCUGACUACGAGCACAAGUAUACUAAUAAUGCUGAGCAGGAUGAGGCUGUGCUACAAAAAAUUCAAAAAUUGCUCAACGCUCUGGCCAUUAGCUAUAAGGAAAUUCACACACGAGCAAAGGAGUCGAUUCUCGCGAUUGCCAUAAAAACUGUCGAACUCCAGGCAGACCAAUUAAUUGACACCAAUGUAAUGAUAUCAAGCGUCACACGCUCGGUGGUGGACAUUGUCUGUCAGGAAGUCUAUGAUUUAGAAACUACGAUGAGAGCAGAAUUGAAAACCCUUCAAUCUUCUCACGCGCCGGCUAUUCCUACGAAGCAGGUUCCUUUGCUAUUGGCACUCAAUUUGCUGAAGAAGCUGAUACUAGUUUUCGAAGAGAACGGGAGCAACGCCACGCGGUGGCAGUGUUGGUUCAUACGGAACAAACUUUUCCAACGGUUGCUUAGCGUCAUCAAUACUAUGUUACAAAUGUUCUCCAAGCGAAAAAUUACAGCUGAGAUCCUCGAGUUGCUAAUUGUGCUGGCCAAAAGUCGAUGCUCUAGGGAAAUGCUACACUGCGACAUUGGCGAUUACCUGUGGCUGAAACUUCUGCCACCUAAGGAGUUACUACAGAGACCCUAUGUCAUGGCCGCCGAAAUCGAUCACACAUGGAAAACUCAAGAUUGGUGGCCGAUCUAUAGAAAAGGAAUAGAGCUGGUACGGGUACUACUUUCUCAGCACAAACAUCGCUUCUUUCGGGACGCGAUUUUCUUCGCCGGAAUUCAUGAGGAGUUUCUGAUGGAUUCGCUACUGCUCGCUAAACAAUCACUGGAAGAAAAUGCCAUUUUACUAAUAAAGGGAACGCUGGAACUUUUGGGUGAACUGGUCAACUAUGAGAAAGAAUGGCGACUAGAACACGGACAAAGUUUAAUUAACUUAAUGCGUUGUGUUCAAGUGUUAAUGGAUCACGCCGUUUCGCUGCUGUAUCGCCCGAAAAUUUUGAAAAGGCUCGCUGGGGGGCCUUCAGCGGAUAUAUGCAACGAACAGGAUGAUCCCAGUGUAGUGGAUACCUCGGAAGAGCUUGUAACAGCCAUGAACAAUCUGAUUGAAAUUGUUACAUUAUGUGCCAGAUGUCUGCUAAAGUUUAGUCCAUCUUUGCUAAAUCUGCUAUGUGAUGUGAGCUUCUCCCCUGGUCAGUGGUAUCCACUAAUAGAGAUUCAGUUUGGGGUGCCAAAAAUGAAUUCGGAUAAUUAUUCACAGCUUAGUUUUGGUACCGUACUAAGAGCAGUUUGCAUUUUCACUAAGGUGUUGAAUGUACAACAUUAUUCAUUCCAAGAAACUGCGCUAAAUGAGCUGCCUGAAGGCAAAUAUGGCGAUUCGGACUGUGUAGACGCCACACCAUCACUAUCCAAUUCGACUUUGGCUCGUCUCAAUACAUCAGCAUUGGCGGCUGCAAAUGGCACAGCACGUCAGUCCAGAACGCCAUUUUCGAAAUCGCUGUCUAUGACAUCAGUGUCUAGUUUUACCUCAACGAAUGCCAUUGCGCUCUCGAACGAACUGUUGACACAUCUAGAUUCUAAGCUCUGCAUAAGCGGUCUAGAAUUUGUACUAACGCUACUGGCUUCGCAAAGUUUGCUGGCGUUGAAAGACACUAAUCUAUCACAACGCGAAAAGCAGCUGAUUAAACGCGAACUCAGCACUGAAUUAUUGAUUUUCCAUGAUUUCGUUAAAAAACGAAUCUUGAAGGAUUCUAAAGAAAUUCUUGCCCGGAAAAAGUAUGGAUCUGUUCCAAUCUAUAACUGCCACGACGGUGACGGUGAGGAUAAUGGUCAGGCUAACAGUGGUAUUUCUAAAACAUCCGCUCAAGUUCAACCAAAGAAACCCGAUCGAAACCAAUCGAUGCGGGUCAAUGUGGUUCGAAAGCAACACUUGCAGCAAGCUGCAUCGACUCCGAUCAGUACGGGUGCCCAAACUCGUUCCGAUUUGAAUGUAAACAAGCCUUCCUCGUCAACACCGGUACCUCGAGGUAUUCUCAAGCCAGGACACACUACGUCAUUUAAGCGGGUCAUGUUCGACGACGAACAGGAUGGCGCGAAAACAUUAGCCUAUUCCAGUCCCGAAGAUGAGCCAAUUUUUUUCGAGCCGGAGGACAACAAAUACACUGGAUUAUCACAUGUGCGUAUUGUUGAGGAAGACUAUCUGCAUCUGCUAUCUAAUCUGUUCCUGAUUAUAUCGCAAAGCGAGAAUUAAAUUGGUUCAUUUUAAAGCUGUUUGUUUCGUUAAAAAAUAAACAUGUGAAACAAACCAAA